AGCCAAGGUUGGAUGAAGAAAAGGUUGUAAGAUUUUGAGAUAGUGAGCAGAACUUUAGGACUUUAGAUUGUUGAGAAGAUGGAAUAAGGGGGAAAAUGAUAAAUGAGAUCCCAAUCAGGAUUAUGUGAUGGAAAAUGUAAGAACGCAUGGUUGUGAUUGCAUCAAAUUUUAAAGAGGAUAAUGGCAAAUGUUCAUGCCUUCCAAUGAACAAAACAUCCUAUUAUUUUUAUUAAUCAAAAACCUUAUAAAGUUUUUGAAUCAUAUUUAUUAUAAAUAAAACAUAGUAUAUAGACUCCUAGACUAUUUGAUAACAUACCUUAGAAAACAAAACCCAAGAAUUCAAUGAUUCGUAGAAAUUAUUAGAAAACCCUAGUACUAUUAGAAAACUCAGCUUAAAAGCACCAGUAACCUUUUAGAACCCAACAUUAAAAAUAAUUCUUUGAAGCUAUUUGAAACCUUAAACUGAACUUCAUUGCAAGAGCACCCCUUAAACUUGUGCUUGAUGCAGAAAAGCAUGACUCUUCAAAUGGGCUUUUUACCAAAACAAAUAACUAAAGUCAAAACUGACAUAACUGUUUGCAUUUUUCAUUUUUGGAACCCCCUUAACUACUAUGAGGUAGUCUUAUUUCCAUUAUAUGUAUCCUGUGGGCUCCACAUAAUAAAACUUAAAAUCACAUAUAGAGGAAAGACACUUGUACUUAUUUGUAGGCUUCUAUUUUAUGGUCUUUUGGUUUUUUUUUUUUUUUUUUUUUUUCGGUGUUCUUAUUAGCUUCCUCCCACCCUACAAGCGCAAACUUCCUUUCUGAUUCACCACCCCAAGGGUAUGAAGAAUCCAUCGAAAAGGACUGUGUUAAGCCAAUUUGGUUGGGAGGUUUGGUCAGUGACUUGGUGCUAGCAGUUGUCUCUGUGAUGGGGGAGGCUUUGCAGUACAGAGAUAUUGACCACCGGCAGGCAUAUAACUGUGAAAUCAUGCUUUCAAAGGUGAAAGUAUCAUUGCAUGACUUAGUGGAUGAAAUUGACAUAUUGUGGAAUGCUAAGGAUCAAUUUCCGAAGGACUUCAGAGCAGAGAUUCUCUUCUCUGAGAUGGAUGCUGCUGCUUACGCAGCAGCGGGUGAUAUCUCAAGCUUUGAGGAGGAGGGCCUUCCAGUGGAAGCAGUUGCAAAAGUUCAAGAGUUCUUCAGUUGAGGAUUGAUCGAAGUGUUUUAUUUAAAAAUUUGAAAAUGUUGUAAUGAUUAGAUAAAAAAGUUGAAAACUUGAAAUUGAAAAAU